AUGGCUUCUGAAAUUGUGAAGAAGACUCAGAGUAUCACCACAGCAAAGGACAUGAGAGAGUCCACCCAGAUCAUAAUGAAACCUUAUGCCAACUGGGAGGAGUACCUCAAACCAGCACCACUCUCCAUAGCCAUACUGGGGGAACUGGUCUUCAUUUCCUCUAAGACUGAUUUCUCCAUCAACAAAAACCCACCCAAAGAUGGCUACAAGUACAUCAGAUAUCCAGAGUCAUUCCGUGCCUGCCUCAUGCAAGUGUGUAACUCUGGCUGGUGGGCGUUUAAUGAAGCCCAUAAGAGUAUGGAUCAGAUCCGCCUUCACACUUCCACUGUACCAGACAACAUGAAGACUGCAGUGAAGAUCCUGUUUCAGGGAAGUGAUGAGGUCGUCCAGGCCUUUCUACCCGACCAGCUGCAGAACAUUCAGACUAUUGCAGAUGAAUGUGAGAACUUGGCUUGUGCAGCAAAAGAAAAGUUUACUGAUGUCAUCAAGAUCAUUCAAGAACUCCUGGAGGCGUGUGUGAAUGCAGAACAUUUUUAUGGAGAGGAGGUUGAGGAAAUAAAAAAGAGACUGGAAGAGGCCAAGAUGAGGGAGGAAGCAUCACGAAAGGUCAGUGAAAGAUCUGCGAAGGCAAUGAAGACAAUGGAGAGGGAACUGGGAAAGGCUCAUGAGAACUACAAGAAAGCAAUGGAUUCACUUCCUUGUGGAUGGGAAAUAAUUGGCAUGGAUUUUGCUGCAGGAAUAACAGAAGGUAUAACAAGUCUAAUAAAUGGACUAGUAUCCAAGGUUACCUGCUUUGAUUCACAAACGGGUCAAGAAUCAACAAAAAAGAAGGAUACAUGUGAUUACAUAAGAGAUAUGCAGGAUGCAGCAGAUGAAGUUGAUAAAAUAAACAUCUACAGCAAGUCUGGAGAAAUUCUUCAAACUACAAAAAUUCUUGGAAAGUACAUUAAAGAGAAAAAUAUCGAGUGGAAAAAAUUGUAUGACCAGAAAAAGAAAUGUACAAAAACAGAUUUUGUAGCAAAGCAGUUUGAAAGGAUUCAAAGCGACUUACAAAGAUCCCCAGAAUGCAACCCAAAACUGAAAGCUCUACGCUUAUGUAAAACUGGAAUCAACAUCUGUCGGCAGCUUGCGAAGUAUGCACCUGAGGGUCCGGGUAGUGAAGGAAAAACAGAGAAAAUCAUCCGUAUUUGGAAAGAGCUCAUUAAAUCAGCUCGUGCAUUUGACAGCAAAAGCAAGAGUGUCACAAAGUCUCCGUCCAUGACACCAAAACCACCAAUGAUGUACCAGCAGGCGAAUAAGAGCGAAGGGUCUGGCAAAAAGUCUGCAGGAGAAAGGGCCACACAGAAUGCUCACUUCCGUAUUGAGCAGACCAGAGCACAACUGGGCAAGACAAGGGAGAUGUAUGAGAAGUGUGUGGAGAACAUGGAGAAGAAUCAGAAGGAGCUGACUGACAUUUUGGUCACCAUGAGAAACUGUGAAGUCAAGGAGAUCGACCUCAACACCAUCAUAGAAAUGCUGGUCAAAGGUAUGGAUGCAAUGGGUAAAUUGAAGGUGCAGUGGGAGAAGAUGGAACUCUUCUUUCAGAUGGUGUCCAACAUUGUGAAGACCACCCUGAGCAAAACUCUCAAGAAUUCAGUUACUGCAGCUGAGGGGGUACAGACACUGUCUUACAAUGCCAAACUGUUCUCAAAAGACCUGCUCUACAACCAGGCCUUCCAGGCAUCCAACAUUGCCAGUCUUGUUCAUUUGAUCUCAGAUACCUACACUGAAGUGUCCACCAAGUACCUGAUGGACAGAGUCAGUAGUCUGGGCAAACUCAUGGCCAUGGAUAAGAGUAAGCCAGAGUUUGAACAGGAGCAUCUACAGCUACAGAAUGGGUGUGAUGAGGCUCAGAGAGGUAUUCUACACCUGGUCAUCAAGAACAAAAAAGACUUUGAGAGAAGUGCUGAUGCAAGACUGGAGAGGAUUGAAGGAGAAUUGCUGGCCAUUCUACCAGCUGCAACACCAGAAGAAAUCAAGGAAAUUAAAGAAGCUGUUGAUGCUGGAAUGAAUGAAGAAGAAGAAGAAGAA